GAGAUCCAGAUGAAACAUAAAGAUGAGCGGGCCAAACUCACCAAUGCCAUUCUCAGUGACAUUAAAGUAAUCAAACUGUAUGGCUGGGAGAAAACCUUCAUGGAGAAAGUGCUUGGUAUCCGGAAGCAAGAACUUCAGGCGCUAAAAAAAUCUCAGAUUCUCUUCUCAGCAUCUCUGGCGUCUUUCCAUUCAUCAACUUUCCUGAUUGCGUUUGUCAUGUUUGCUGUCUACACCCUGGUGGAUACCUCACACGUCCUGGAUGCUCAGAAGGCCUUUGUAUCUUUAACACUGAUCAAUAUUCUCAACACUGCACACUCCUUCCUGCCAUUCUCCAUAAAUGCUGCUGUCCAGUUUUGUUUUUCAGAAAGGCUCCGUACAUUGGCAAAACAGUCACCAAGAACUAUUCUUAAGUCUUUUGAGGCCAAUCACGAGGACCGUUAGAUCUCAGAGGUGCUUCCAGUUCUGUUUUUAACCAUGGAAAUCUGAAUAGAUGGAGCAAAAUCUCCAUGGGAGAUCAGUGGAAACCCUGUUAGCCCAAGCCAGAGAGAAAAGCAAGUCCUUGUCCAGUAAGAAAUUGGAUUUCCCUCUUGCACCCUAAGAAGACUGCCACAAGUCCUCACGUACAGAAGCAAUCAUUGGAAAGAUUGCAUGAUGAACUGGAGAAAAAGCACUAAUUUCACUGUGUGAACAGAAGUGAAAACACAGGGAAGAAUAUGGGUUUUUUGCUAAGUAAAGUGGAAAUAAAGGCAGUUAACAUGAGGAAAAGCUGCAUUUGUCAAUC